UUGAGCUCACCUCUCACGUUGCCUUGCCUCGUUCCCCUCCAGAUGCCGAACGUACCACCACGUCGCCACGUCUACUAAAACGACAAACAAACUCCUCCUCACGCUUCCAUGCCCGCCGCUUUUAAUGGACACCGACGAUUGAUGAGAGCAGAGCAAACUGACUGACGAAGCAGGAGUGAGAUUUUCGUUUUUCGAGGACAAACUGCGGGGCGGCGGCGGUGGUGAUCGCGAGCUCGGGUUCCGGGGCGUGAUGGAGGAGGAGGUGGUGUCGGCGUCGGAGAGGACAUCGCGGCGGCGGUGGGGCACCGAGGCGGACGACGGCUACUCGGCGAGCUCGACGGGGAGCAGAGGCAGCGGCUCCUUCGGCUGCGACUCGCCUUUGGCCGGGUUCGUGCGCGCGGAUGGCGACAUGGACACAGAUCUGGAGACAGACGACGGGCUGGCCGCCACUUCAUCCUCCAACGCUUCUGCAGCGUUCACCGAGCCACACGACGACGAGGAGGAGGUGCAGUGCGGGGCGAAGGAGGAGUGGGCGCACGCGCGGCAAGAACCGGCCAAGAGUCCGGCCGGUGGAGCCAUCCAAGAAUGCCAGAACCAACGACGAUGUCAGACAGAGGCUGUGUUUCUGCAUGGUAGGAAAGGGCUGAAGCAGCGGCCAGCCUCGCUUGACUUCGGCAGCCAGGGGUUCAACGGAACUCCCUUCUCUCCAGGCUUUGUGGUUGGAGGGCCGGGGUUUGUACGCAAGGGACCUGUGUCGUCACACAUCAGCUCAGGAGUCUUUCAUAGUCCUGGUACACCAAGCUAUCCGCGCCGACACCGUCCAUCGUCCUCGGGGUACCAAAAGGGGUGGAGCUCGGAGAGAGUACCCCUUCGUUCUAAAGGUAAUAACAGGAGGUACCCAGCCAGCAGCAUGGCAUUUCCUUUCAACAAUGGGAGGACACUGCCCUCAAAAUGGGAGGAUGCAGAGAGGUGGAUCUUCAGUCCGAACUCUGGCGAUGCGCUUGCCAAGACCUCCUUGCCCCAUGCUCGGCGAGCGAAGGCCAAAAGUGGUCCUCUAGGACAUCCUGGAAGACUUGGUGGGCAGUAUUCGUCAGUAUCUUCAUCUGUGUCAUUGUUUGACAGUGGGAGAGUUGGACCUUUAACAGCAAACUCGCCUUUCUUGGCGGGAGUACUGAUACCUGAACAUUAUUGUAUGGAGAAAAGUAGCGUCGGGAGGUAUACAAGUGGGACAGCUGGUGACGACUUCGGUAUUGGCAUUGUUGGCAGGUCUUCUCUAGCAAACAGCGGUUCUCCUGCUAUUCAGUCUACCAGAGUGCGCCGACGACUAGAUACUGCAGUUGAGUCAUGUGCUUCAUUACCUAGCACCCAAGAAUCUGUACGAGACGAACAUAUUGAGUACUCAGAAGAUUCAGCCCCCAUUAUUAUCCCUAUAACUUCAAGGAAGGAUACCGCAACUCAAACUAGCCCAGAGCUAAGCAGGUCCUCUUCGCCCAGUGUUAGGCCUUCAUUUAUCCGCUCAUUCUCAACGCAACAAGCCAAAGAGAGGGAAAGUUGUAUCUCUGAUCUUGAGAUCAGAGACGUGCAGAUGGAUGACCGAGUGACUCUUACCAGAUGGUCGAAGAAACAUGUAAUUCAAGCAUCUAACAAGAAUUCAGCGAAUAUCUUAGAGUGGAAUAAAAAGAAUGUGGACUCUAAAUCUCCUUCAUGGAAAUCAGCUGAAGCAUCAUACAUAUCAAAGGUUGAGAGAGAAGAAGAAAAAAUUGCUGCUUGGGAGAAUCUUCAAAAGGCCAAAGCUGAGGCUGCGAUUCAGAAAUUAGUGAUGAAACUCGAGAAGAAACGAUCAUCUUCUCUGGACAGGAUUUUGAGCACCCUGAGGUCUGCUCAAAGAAAAGCACAAGGGAUGCGUGAUGCAGCAACGGCGAGCCAAGAUGACCAACUUUCCAGAAAGACCAAAAAGACACCACAUGUUACAAAGAAUUGGAGUGGCUGCUUCACCUGCCAUGCUUUCUAGUAUCAUGGAUCCCACUGCUGAGUAAGUUGCACAAUGAUACCUGCCGUACAUGUUAUCUCUGUUGAUGUAUAUUCUAGUAGUUCUGAUGUCCGUUUUUUAGUAAUGCCAGAAUUGCAGUAGCAUCUAUGCUAUGCUCUUUCUGUUACAUCAGGCAGAAUAAUGAAACCAUGACAUUGCCAAUACCCACUUUCCAGUAUCGGUCUGAAAACAGUUUAGCUAUAUGCCCCAAUGAUGUUUGCAGAUAGUUCAUAAUUAUCUGACCUAAUUUAGUGUCUCGAUAGUUUUAGUGAUAGCACGUGAAUACAUAAUCCAUCAAAUUUCCAUGAUUGUUAUGGAACUUCAUGUAACUUGUUCCAUAGGUUAAGUUACUUCUGUAGAUCCUCUAAGAAUACAACUGUUCAGAAAUUAUUUGAAGCAAGUGGCCCAAUCACCUCUGGUUGAGGCAACAA